AUGACCAUGUCAAGAAACCCUGUUCAACUUACACCUGCUCAUAUUGAGUUUCUCAAUAAAAGGUUAAACACCCUUAGUGCACCAGAGAUCAUAAAAUGGGCAUAUUAUACAUUUCCAAAUCUAUAUCAAACUACUGCAUUUGGAUUAACUGGUUUGGUUACUGUUGAUAUCAUUUCAAAAUUAUCACAAGAGUUGAAUCAUGAUGAAGGUCACUUGAUUGAUUUGAUCUUCCUUGAUACAUUAUACCACUUCCCACAAACACUUCAGCUUGUUGAUAAUGUCAAACUGAAGUAUAACCCAAAGAUUCAUAUUUACAAACCAAAAGACGUCAGUGAUGAGAAGGAAUUUGUCAGCAAGUAUGGUGAUCAAUUAUGGGAAACUAAUGAAGAAUUCUAUGAUUUCUUGGUAAAAGUUGAACCAAGUCAACGUGCAUACAAAGAAUUGAAUGUAUCUGCUGUUUUAACAGGUAGAAGAAAGUCCCAAGGUGGUGCACGUACUGAAUUGAAGAUUUUGGAAUUGGAAGAAACAAGUGGUGUCAUUAAGAUCAAUCCCUUGUGGAAUUGGGAUUUCAAGCAAGUUAAACAAUACGUGGACAACAACAACGUUCCAUAUAAUGAAUUACUAGACUUGGGUUAUAAAUCCAUCGGAGAUUGGCACUCGACUGUUCCUGUCGGUGAAGGGGAAGACGAAAGAAGUGGAAGAUGGAAAGGUAAGGCCAAGACGGAAUGCGGUAUCCAUACCACUAGUAAAUAUGCCCAAUUUUUACAGCAACAGUAA